AUGGAAUAUCAAAGACUUGAUGACCGCCGGGGGGUAAUCCUUGACACUGAAUGGAUCCGAACAGACACACUGCUUCAUUGGCUGAAAUACUGCGACAAACAUCACCGCGGACAUUGCACUGGUCGUCCUGAAUGGUUAACUAUAAGCAAUCCUUUGAGAAUACUGCUUAUAGACGUACAACAAGAAUGCCUUGUCGAAGGAUCGAUAGAUGUGGACUACUUCGCCCUCUCCUAUGUUUGGGGCUAUCUAGGGCACACUCUCGAAACAAGAAAGGGCAACCUCGAGAUUUUAAAGAAAGCAGGCUCCUUGAAAACAGAAAUGGAAGACACCAUGAUACCGGAGACUAUCAAAGACUCAAUACGCCUUGUUCGGAAACUUGGAUGCCAAUUUCUUUGGGUUGACCGCUUGUGCAUUGUGCAAGACGACGAAGAAAACAAAAAAAAGCACAUUGAUGCUAUGGGAUCCAUAUACAGUCAGGCAUACUGCACGAUAGUGGAUGCUGGUGGCUCAAAUGCGGGAUUUGGGCUCCCAGGUGUGGGGAAUGGCUCAAAGCCUCGAAAUUAUCCUAAACAACAUGUCUUGGAUUUCCCUGGUUGUCCAAUGCUUUUGGUUCAUUCCGAAGUAAAUCCAUCCCAUGAUUCGGUAUGGAGUACACGGGGAUGGACAUUUCAAGAGGAAAAGCUAUCUAAAAGACAAUUGGUUUUCGGGAAGAACACAGUCUCCUAUGAUUGUUCACAGGAUCACCGUGAUGAAUACGUCACGGAGCCUGUGAAUUCAAAGGUGGUAUUGAAAACGAAAAUCUCUAUGAUACCAGAUCUAAAAGAAUGGACAAAUUCGGUUGCAAACUACAACAGACGAAAUCUCACUUUCGACGACGAUACACGAAAUGCAUUUGCUGGGUUUGAAGAAGUUCUGCGACCUUACUAUCCAGGGGGUUUCUGCUAUGGGCUGCCGGUGUGCUAUUUUGACAUCGGUCUGUUAUGGAGACCUGGCACACGCUUUCGAAGACGGCAUAGUAGUGUUGGAAAGGAAUCAAACUACCUUCCUUCAUGGUCAUGGAUGGGUUGGCAAGGA